AUGGCAGCUCCCUACUCAUUUGCCCUGCGCCGGACGAUCCAUCACUCGGCUUCCCUGCUGCGGUCGCAGCCGCAACGGCGGUACGCACGAGUCCACGACGUGCGCUUCGUCACGACACACCGCGACUCAACCCGGAUCCUGGACAGGUACAAGGACAAGCUGGAGCGGAAGGCGAAACAGGAAGGUCACAACUCCAUUUCGUCUCUAAAGGAAGCGUACGCCGAAAAGAUCAACGAGUACAAGCGUUCAGCGACGGAUCCUCCUACGGAGCAAUCUACACCCGCUCCCAAACGGUCGUCGCUCCAGCAGCCACCGCCACCCGCACCUACGCCGCAGCCAUCCGCUUCCUCUGUACAGAGUCAGAAUCAAGCUUCGGAGGGGAAGCCCGAAUCCAGUGCUCCAGGCAUCAGGCCGUUGUCAUCGUACCUUGACCUGGAAAAGGUCGCGGCCCUCUCCAACAAAGAGGUGGAAUACAUUUGGCGAGUCCGUCACGCAGACGACCCUCUGUCACUAUGCGCAGUCAUCCCCCUUGAUACGUACAACCGUAUCUACCGUACGGCCCGAACACACCCACAAUUUGUUCUUCCACUUCCCCGACCAGUGGCCGACGAUGGGAGUGGCGAUGUCAAACAGUCGCCUCAGGGCUUCGAGGGUGGUGAACGAUCUGCAGCAGAUAUCCAUUUCCUCCAAUGGGGCUUCCAUCCCCCGGCUAGUGCUCCUGCGAGCCCAAGAGUCAACACUUUAAACUCUCAUAUAAGUACUGUUCUCUUCACACACUUGGCUGCUUUCAAAGUCCACGGGGCAUAUGCGCAGCCUCACACUACCGUCACACACCAUCUUGACCUAGCAGAUUCUCAUGGCAUUGUCUUGCUCAGUGGUUCUGUCGUGGAGAAUCGAGGCGUCAGUGUCGAAGAGGGCAGAUGGCUGCUGAUGUGUCUGCAAAGAUUUUAUGAUUAUGAAGGCCACGGCGGUGGCAUCGGCCGUGAGAAACGCCAGGGGUUGUUGGAAAAAUUCAGCAAGGGUGAUCAGGGCUUCAACAUACAAGAAUUGGUUGAUGAAGCUGAAAGAAUAUCAUGA